AUGUCCCGCAAAGCCGUGGGCAUCGGUGCGCUCGACCGCUCGCGGCUGACGUCUGCGCAGUACGCGUCGCACGGGUCGUCGCUGCGGGCGACCAACGCGCAGGCGCUGGAGACGCAGCUGGCCGUGUUCCGGACGCUGCUGCAGCAAUUCGCGCAGACGCACGCGCGCGACAUCCGAUCGGACCCGUCCUUCCGGGCGCAGUUUGCGCGCAUGUGCAGCGCGAUUGGCGUCGACCCGCUCGCGUCCUCGGCGGGCGCCGCUGCCGCCGCGUCCCCGUCCGUCUGGGGCCAGCUGCUGGGCAAGACGGUCAACGACUUUUACUUUGACGUGGCCGUGCGCGUCGUGCAGGUGUGCGGCGCCACGCGCGCCGAGAACGGCGGGCUCGUGUCGCUCGCACAGGUCCGCGAGCGCGUCUCCCGCGACAAGGUCGCCGGCGGCGGCGCCCACGUCUCCGAGGACGACGUGCGCCGCGCCGUCGCCACCUUGCGCCCGCUCGGCGGUAGUUACGCCAUUGUCACCGUGGGGGAGACCGAGUAUGUGCGGAGCGUCCCGCGCGAGCUCAGUCGCGACCAGGCCAGCUGCGUCGAGGCCGCCCAGGUCCUCGGCCACGUCAGCGUCGGCAUGCUGCGCGAUAAUCUGGCGUGGGAGCCCGCCCGGUGCAAGACCGUCAUUGACGACUUGGUCGCGCAGGGCAUGCUCUGGGUCGACAAGCAGACUGGUGGCGAGUGGCAGUACUGGAGCCCGGCGUUCAUGGCAGGGAUAGGCGGAACUGAUGGCGAACCAGCAACAGCGGAUACAUAA